AUGUCUCAAUCACUCAUCUUCAUUACGGGCGCCACGGGCUUCAUCGGCGCUCACGUCGUGGCCCAAACACUUGAAGCAGGCCACCAUGUGCGCCUGAGCGUGCGCAAAGAAUCUCAGGUCAACAGUCUCAAAGAGCUCUUCGCUGGUCACGAGGCCAAGCUUGACUUCGCUGUCAUCCCGGACUUGACAAAGCCGGGUGCUUUCGAUCAGGCACUCCAGGGCGCCGAGUAUGUUUUCCACCUCGCCUCGCCCAUGCCUGGAAAGGGCUCCGACUUCAAGACAGACUACCUCGGUCCGGCCGUGGACGGUACGAAUGCGCUUCUGGAUGCGGCAAAGGCGGUCCCAUCAAUCAAGCGAGUAGUCGUCAUGGCUUCGGGAGCAAACCAAUCCAUUCCCGUCGACCCCGACAUGGAGUUCCCCAGCGACCCCAGGGCGAACGCUGGGUUGAAGUAUCAAGCCUCCAAGAUCCUUGCGCACCGCGCCGUUCUCGAAUGGGUGCCCAAGAACCAACCAGGCUUCUCUGUCGUCACUCUCCACCCCUCAUUCGUUUUUGGUCGCAACCUGCAUCAGAAGUCACAUGACCAGAUUGACGGUACAAAUGCGAUGCUCUGGGAGUCGCUGUUCUCCGAGAAGCCAAACGUCCCAAUGGCAGCCGUCGACGUUCGGGACGUCGCUCUGGCGCAUCUCAAGGCCCUCGAUUUGGAGAUCAAGGAAAAGGCUUCGGUGCAAGAGUUUUUGCUCAGCGCCCCAAAGACGGUUGGGUGGGAAUGGGAGCAAGUGGCCAACUUCGUGAGGGAAAAGUACCCAGCUCUCGACAUCAAGCUGAAGGGGCCGUUCGAUGAGCCGCCAAAGGUAGAGGCCAAGCGUGCCACAGAGUUGUUGGGUAUCCAGUGGAGAUCCAUGGAGGAUACUAUUUCUAGCUUCCUUGAUCAACAAGUGGCGUUGAAGUCGCAGCUUUAG